ACCAACGUCCAGCAGUCUCGUCGAUCUCAAUCCGCAAGAUGGUUACGACAACGCUUGGUGACAAACCCGAAGGAGAACGGCUAACAAGAGACUUGAUAACACAAUUCGAGAUCGGCAAGGUAUUCAAUGACAACAGAUCUCAGAUCAAUUCGGUCGAUUUUGAUGACACUGGAGAGUUUUGUGUCACUGCAUCGGACGAUGACUCCUUGAGAGUGUAUGACGCAGUAAAGGGAAGCUCGAAACAGUUUGUGUACAGCAAAAAGUACGGUUGCGCACACGCCCGUUUUACCCACCACGCCUCGUCUAUCAUAUAUGCAUCAACAAAAGAAGAUGACACGAUCCGAUACCUCUCUGUUCAUGAUAACCGAUAUCUCCGAUAUUUUAAGGGACAUACUCGCCGAGUCGUUGGACUUGAGCUCUCACCGCAGGAUGAUCACUUUCUGUCAGCAUCCUUGGAUGGGACUGUUCGGCUAUGGGACUUGAGAGUUCAGCAUGCCCAGGGACUGAUGAAUGUACCCGGUCAAGGGCGUCCUUGCGUGAAUUUUGACCAGACCGGGAAAGUAUUCAUUGUGGCAUUUCAAGAGUCCAUCAAACUCUACGAUCUUAGGAACUUUGAUAAGGGAUCUUUUGCCACUUUUCCUGUCCAUGACCCAAAUAUGAUGACUGGCCCACCUGAAUUUGUGGGCAUCGAAUUCAGUAACGAUGGCAGGAAUAUAUUAGUUUCUACACGGGGAGAGACCUCGUACAUUCUGGACGGAUUCAACGGCCCCAUGAAGCAAUACUUGCGAGGUCACAUCAAUACACGCGGAAUCGAGUUGCAGGCUAGCUACAGUCCAGACGGACAGUUUGUUGCAUGUGGCUCUGAGGACGGAUCUAUUCAUUUCUGGGAGGCUGAGAAUGGAUCCCGGGUAUGCACACUAACAGGACAUACCGAUCCGCCUGCGAUUGUAAAAUGGAAUCCAAAGUACAUGAUGUUUGCGAGUGCAGACUCCAGUUUGACCUUCUGGACACCUACGACAACCGCCCCAUAGCAACUGCAGGGUGACCGUUUGAGCGUAGAUUCUCUUGUGUCUUUUCAUAGCUACAUAGUACAGAGAGCUUGAAAUGGAGACUCGCAAGUUUAAAUGGAUUCAAUGUCAACCACAGCUUAAGCUUGCUGCGGCUGCCCGAGUACGAGCAUGCACAGUAAAGUAUCUUGCUUGCAACAAUCUGAAGGGGUCAGCGUUCAAUGUUCAGCAUUGAAUACCAGUAACAUGGAGGGAAUGGAACUUGCAUGGAACAAAAACGGGACGUUCAACUAUAGUUAGAAAACAUUAAGCAAAAAAUAGAAUAUUUGGCUUAAAUGUGACCGCAAUAUCGUAUGCAGGGUACUGCUUUCAGCUCAGAUA